AUGGUGAAUGUGCAUACUAAACUGAUCAGGCAUACUGGUUCAUUAUUUCUUGGAAAGGCAGUUUCACAGUUAAAAGAUCCUAACAUGAGGAAGUUGUGGUUACAUGCUAUAAGAAGAGAAAACUUUACUCCCAGUACAACAACGGUAAUUUGUGAAAAGCAUUUCACUCCAGAAGAUUACGAAGUUAGUGUUCAUGGAAAUAAGGUACUAAAAAAGGUGGCAGUUCCAUCUGUGUUUGAUUUUCCAGCCCAUCUCAAGAAAGAACCUACCCAUCGAAGGGUUUUGAAAAGAAAACAUGAAUACAAAAUUUCUAGAAUGAACUAUGGUAUUAUAAUGAAAAACUGUGCAUCUACAGUAUUGUUAAUGCCAUUGUGCACAAAUAUUUUGUAUACAUAUAUAUAUAUAUAG